UUGGCGGAGCUGGGAGGCGGCCCCGGCGCAGGAUUUGUCAUUCCCAGGGCGUGGCUGGAUGGAGGAGGAGGAAAAGCCCCAGAGAUCCUGCAGGAGGAGGGGCUGCAAACCCAGCCCAGGGAGCUGCGGGGAGGAAAGAGCCCCCCUGAACCAGGAAGGCGGCCGGAGAUCCAGCCAGAGCUCGGAGGUGGUGGAGAAGGCUCAUGGCAGGGAGAAGCCGCACAAGUGCUUGGAAUGUGGACAGGGUUUCACCUGCAGCUCCAAGCUGAUUGAGCACCAGAGGAUCCACACUGGGGAACGGCCCUACGAGUGUGGGGAGUGUGGGAAGAGCUUCAGACAGCGCUCCACCCUGAUCGGGCACCAGGUGAUCCACACUGGGGAGCGACCUUAUGAGUGUGGGGAGUGUGGGAAGAGCUUUAGACAGCGCUCCACCCUGAUCCAGCACCAGAGGAUCCACACUGGGGAACGGCCCUACGAGUGCUUGGAAUGUGGGAAGGGUUACAGGCAGAGAUCCAAGCUGAUCCAGCACCAGGUGAUCCACACUGGGGAACGGCCCUACGAGUGCUUGGAAUGUGGGAAGGGUUUCAGGCACAGCUCCAACCUGAUACGGCACCAGAGGAUCCACACUGGGGAACGGCCCUACACCUGCUUGGAAUGUGGGAAGGGUUUCAGCCAGAGCUCCCACCUGGUCCAGCACCAGGUGGUCCACACUGGGGUACAGCCCUACGAGUGUGGGAAGUGUAGGAAGAGCUUCAGAGACAGCUCUGGCCUGAUCCGGCACCAGGUGAUCCACACCGGGGAACGGCCCUACGAGUGUGGGGAUUGUGGGAAGAGCUUCAUAGACAGGUUUGGCCUGAUCCGGCACCAGGUGAUCCACACAGGGGAAGGGCCCUACAACUGCUUGGAAUGUGGGAAGAGCUUUAGGUGUAUCUCAGACCUGAGAACGCACCAGCGCAUCCACACUGGGGAGAGGCCCUACGAGUGUCCUCAGUGUGGGAAGAGGUUUCAGACCAGCUCCACUCUCCUCAGACAUGAGAGGAUUCACACAGAUGAGAGGCCCUUCCUCUGCCCCGACUGCGGGAAGGGCUUCAAGCACAACUCCAACCUCACCAAGCACCGGCGCAUCCACACCGGGGAGAGGCCCUACGAGUGUGGGGAGUGUGGGAAGAGCUUCUCCACGAGCUCAAACUUGACCAAACACCAGCGGAGGUGCCACUAAGGGAAGCCCUGUGAGAGCCCGAAGUGAGGGAAGAGGUGCGCUGCUCCAGCUCCAUCCCCCAUGGGCGGAUCCAGGCUGGAUGAUACCCAGUGACCCCCGUUGGGCAGAGCCCUGGUGCCCCCUUAUGGGGAAUAAAACAGAGAGUAAAACAAUGCAGCUGGUAAAGGGGUCCAAUAUCUGAGGCCUGACUGAGCAGAAACUGUGGGAGACACAGACAUAGUUAAUUCUUCCUGGGCAAGAAGUGACCAAGUGACCUGUUGUGAGACUUUGUGAUAAGAUCAUGUUCCCAGGAGACGUGAUGUCAUGAAGAAUGUGUAACCAAUGGGAAAUUGUUAGCAAACAUCGAGCCCUAUUUAAGCACUAUACUAGUAAAACCCAGUAUAAACACUUGGUAACCUCAAUAAAAUUGGUUUCUGAUCUGA